GAGGGAUUGUGUCAAUGCUUGUUCUCUCCCAACAGUCGGCACCGGCCGGCAAACACAGAGAGACACACCCCCCCGGCCCUCGCCGAAAUGAAGAAGACUGACAGUUUCCGAAUCGUCCAAUCAGCGACGGCUGUUCAGUGGCCGCGUGCCAAAAUAGAUUAUUUAUCUACUGCAAAAGCCAAUUGGAAUCAACAGGAGGCGGGGCGAUGUGAAAACUCGCCCGGCUGCAUGCGCAGCGGAAAGUGGGCGUGGCGUUGGUCCGAGCAGGGAGAGAAGCAAAACAAUAAUUUCAGCUAUUCCCUUUAAACGGCUAAAAAUUGGAUUGCUUUCGGCUAAUCGUGCAGUUUUAGGGUUUCAUUCGAAAGUCUUUGUAGUCAGGACCCUCACUCUUUUUAAAUGCAUCUUACCUUGUUAGGGUGUACAAUCUAUCGACUUCUUAUUCUUCGUUAGAUGUACUUGGCCUGUUUGAAAAUGACUUCGAAGCGCCUCCUCGAUAAGAACCCAGCCGGUGUGAGAGGGACCUGCGCCGGUAACGUCUUGUAUGGGGGAAACUACUUUACUAAACACAGUGAGCAUUUUCCAACGAAAACACUCGGAUUUGUAGCAAAAAAGAAAUCACUCGUGACAUUAAACGGGUUUGAUAGCGAAAUAGUGGAUACGUGCUCCCCUCACGAGCCUAUCAAAGAACCCUGUCCUAAUGUUAACCAGUUGGCUUCAGGUCGAGAGAAGCACUACACCAAAAAAAAGACUACCUAUGCAACUGAGGAGGACGAGAGGGACAUUGGGCCAGCAGAAGUCCUGAAGUGCAGCAGUUUUCAUCGUUUUAUCCUAAACAAGCCAAGACAAGAGGACCACACGCAAGCAGAGUCCAUAAUUUCAUUGAGAGGCAUGCUGCCACUGCGUGUUACAAAUAUUUCCGCAGAGAUCUCUACAUCUUCUCACAUACCUGUCCCUAGCAACAGAAAGCCCUGCCAUGCUGAUAAGGAGGUAAUGGCAGCCACAGUCUUGACCACACUGUCCACAAAUCCUCUGGUGCUUAACCCCUCACCUGCUGCCUCAGGAUGGAAGGAAUGUCUCUCAGCCAGCUACAGCAGCUCCACAAGUGGGAACUGGAGCUGGGAUGCCAGUGACCAGUCAGUGCCCUCUACACCAUCACCACCCCUUUCUAAUGAUGUCAACAAGAGCUUUCUGAUCUACUCACAAGGAGAGGACAACAUUGAGGAGACAGAGAGCACCCACUUCCUGUUUGAGGACCCUAUUCCCCGUAAACGGAAGAACUCCAUGAAGAUGAUGUUCAAAUGUUUGUGGAAGAACUGUGAAAAGGUACUUAGCACUUCCUCAGGGAUCCAGCGGCACAUUCGCACCAUACACCUAGGGCGAAAUGGUGAUUCUGACUACAGUGAUGGUGAGGAGGACUUCUACUACUCAGAGAUUGAGGUGAACAUGGACACACUGUCUGAAGGGCUGUCAAACCUCACACCAACUUCACCCACCACCCUUGGCCCACCCCCUGUCUUUCCACUUUCCAGUGACAUGGCGCAAUCCAAGUCUGCCACUGUGAUUCACAGUCCGCUAAGCCAGUCAGCUCCAUCUACACUGUGCCACAUCCACACUGACCAUGCCUACCAGGCCACUGCUCCUGUCAGCAUUCCUACUGUUUCUUCCGAGCCGAUGCACAGCCACAGUGCCAUCAGUGUUUCUUGGCAGUCACCUUCCAUUAUCUUUAAAAGCCAACCAGGUAAAGUAACUCAUGUUGGCAUUUUGAGCACAGUGGAGAAGAGACCACCUGUCACACAUGUAGUCAGCAAGACACACAAUGCCACCAUAUCUACACCCAAACCCAGCCCUGGAACCAGAAAACCCAGAGGAGAAGCAAAGAAGUGCCGCAAAGUGUAUGGAAUGGAGAAGAAAGAUCUGUGGUGCACAGCAUGCCGCUGGAAGAAAGCCUGUCAGCGUUUUACUGACUGAUUUUACUCUUUCUCUAAGAAACAUAAAAGGCUCAUUGAACAUCA